AUGGCACCCAGAAUUAACGCACGGGAUAGGGAAGCUCUCAGGGUUCUGCCUCGGUUGAUGCAGCGUAAAGUUGAUGGGGCAUUGCGUGGCUCAGUCGAAGAUCUCCGAGACGUUGUUGGUAGUCUCAAUCAACUCAAGGAUGUCACGCCACUUUUGCUUCCCGUCUUUCACGCACAACUGGAGGCAUACCCUGUUCCGGACAGAAUUAGUCCUGAUGUUGUACCAGUAAUCAUGCUCGCCAAAUGGUCCAUGGGUGGCAUUGUGCAAAUCUGUCAUAACCUCGGUAACAAUAUCAGUCUCGGAGAACGCAUUGUCCAUGACGCCAUUGCUUCAAAGUGGCAUAUGCUCUUCCCAUGGAUGCAGUUCUUCAGCAACAACUUCCUCCCACCUUCACAAAGACCUGCCGCCCUCCCACAUGGCCUGUCUGUUAGCACUUACGAGGCCCUUAGGAUUACCAUACAUCCACUGUCAACCUUGUGUCAAUUCACAGCAACUGGCAGGCAGUUGAUGAGGAUGAACCCCACUGUUCAAGCAUUUUUCUUCCGGGCUUGGGUCAUCGUCGAUGGGCUGAAGAGUGAUGACGUCGCUGAUCCUCUUCGAGAAGGUGACAAAAAUCUCAGUGCACUGAUACGGGCGAAUAUGUGCUCGCUCAGCGUUAUCUGCAUGGAAGACACCCCGGCGUCUCUACCAGUAUCCAUUAUCGCAUCUGCUGCUGGCGGAACCUUCCCCAUGGCCUCAUUAGCCCUCCGAUAUAUUCGUCGUAUGACUAAAGAGGUGGCUAAUAUGCCAGAACCUCGGUUACGAGCAAGAGAAAAUGUCGACUUCUCGUCCAUGACAGUAUGUGCUACUGGCUUGGCUCAAGCCAUCCUCUUCAUGCAAUCCUUGGGCGACAGAGAGGGUGGUUGUCAGGAAUUGCUCCUCCAAAUCGGCUCAAUUCGUACUGUCCUAAGUGCUGUUACGACACUCUGGGAACGGCUCCUAACCCCUGCUUGGAAUAGUUCGGAUAACUGA